GGCUCAGCCCGAGGGCCGGCGCCGGGCGGGUGGCUGGUUGACGUCACAUCCGCUUGACGGGUGAGCGUCUCGCCGGCGGGUGGUCACGCUCCCCGCAGCGCCGCGUCGGCGGGGCCGCAGAUGCUAACUGACAAUGAGUAAAGACAAACAAAUCAGUGAAGAUGAUGAUGAUAGCGAGCAGUUCGAAGACUUUACAGAGAAUUUUAACCAACUUGAACUGCUGGAAACACACAGGCAUUUGAUUCCUGUAGGAACUCAGAGCUGUUGGUCAGGACAGUCUGAUGAUGAUGAUGACGAACAAGAAAGAAGUGAGGAAUGGUAUGAAAUGCAAGAAAAAAAAAUGGAAAAAAAUCCAGAGAAAUUGCUACUCUGGGCAGCUGAGAACAAUCGGCUGAGUACCGUGAAGAGGCUCCUUUCUGAAAAGCUGGCUCCAGUUAAUGCUCAUGAUGAAGAUCAGUACACUCCUCUCCAUCGAGCUGCCUACAGCGGGCACUUGGACAUUGCACAUGAAUUGGUUGCCCAGGGGGCAGACGUUCAUGCGCAGACAGUGGACGGCUGGACGCCUCUGCACAGCGCCUGCAAGUGGAACAAUACAAAAGUGGCCGCGUUCUUACUUCAGCAGGGCGCAGACAUCAAUGCGCAGACAAAUGGUUUGCUGACACCAUUGCAUAUUGCUGCAGGAAACAAAAACAGUAGAGAAACACUUGAACUCUUGCUGAUGAAUCGCUACGUGAAACCAGACCUGAAAAACAACUUGGAUGAAACUGCCCUUGACAUUGCUAGGAGGACUGAUAUAUAUCACUACCUUUUUGAAAUAGUAGAAGACUGCAUAAAUGCUGUGUCCCCUUAAAAGUUGUGGUUAAGCUUGUGAAUGUGAGGUUUGCUGUCUCCCAUUUGUGUUCUGCAUGCUUGUCAGUGGUGGUCUGUCCCUUUGCAACAGGGCUUUUCAUUUAAGAUACUUCUAGUAUUCUCAGGCAAAAUGUCACUUCUUGUAACUCAGCUCAGUGGUGUCGCUUAUACUUCCGAAGCGUUACUACUGUUACUCAGUCUCAGUAAUUUCAGCGAGUCUCCAUUUAAUUAGUGCAAAUUUGGUGGGGCUUUUUAAAUUGGUCUGUACUGUCAAAGCAGGAGGGAAAACUGGAAUACUUACUUGAUGUGGAAGAAUUCUGGCUUGGUCAUGCAGAGUUUAUUACAGCUCACUUGAAAAUUGUUUUUUGAGAAAUUUAACUUUUUUACAAGUGCAUGAAAGCUCAGAAUUAAUGUAACUUAUUUGGGUGAUACACAAAAUGCUUAGUGAUCCUCCUGUAAGGCUUACUAUAAAAUAAAAUAUUUAACCCAAA